AUGCAUAUGCAUGAAAGAUACGGGAACGCAUGGCUUAAGAGUCACUGGAUCUCAGUCCCGCGAUCUCAGUCCCGCUUAAUGCCAGCUGCAGGGAAGUAUUUUGCCGUGUCUGCUUUGAGGCGCAAGACCUAUGCUAACCCUGACAUGGAAUGUUACAUAAGGUCUCUAUCCCAGCCCUACUCCUGCUCCUGUGCCUCUGCGCGAGGAAGAAGUAGGAAGGAUGUUGUCACCGAGCAACAUCUUGCUCCGAAACCAACUCCUUCGUUUGACUUCCCCAGUUCGUUUCACAGCCACGCAUUCUACGACCCACCGUACAGGUAG